CAACUUGAUUACGCCAGUAAAUUGCUAUAAUCACAUUCCAGUGACACACCCCCAUUCCAAAUUAUGAUGUUAGCACUUGCGCUUCUCUUUUUUGUUCUCAACCACGACACCUCGUUUAUAUUCUCUGCCGCAUCACUCCCUUCUCUGACAACCUACGCACUCACAAUCAAUUAAUUUCUCAUGAAAGAAACUGGACUCAGUCUCAACCGUCUGCCACUAGCAUGGAUUCUCCUUUCCCUGGCGUCAUGGCGUUUCACCGCUGCUCAGUCGGUCAUGCCGCCACCGCCGCCGUCUAACUCCAGCCUCGGACCCUACUCAACCUUUGAUCCGUCUGUGUCUAUUAUAAUUCUGGUACUCGUAUCUGGUUUUGUGUUCAUUACGUUGUUCUCCAUCUAUGUCCAUCACUGCUCAGACACCAUGAUUACAGUACCUACACCUGCCCGUGGCCACUCCGUGAAGCAUGGCCUUGAUCCCGCCGUCAUCAGGACUUUUCCGACGUUCAUCUACUCUGCUGUUAAAGAUCUCAAAUUAGGUAAAGGUUCUCUUGAAUGUGCGGUGUGUUUGAGCGAGUUUGAAGACGACGAAACGUUGCGUUUAAUUCCAAAAUGCGAUCACGUCUUCCAUCCUGAUUGCAUCGACUUAUGGUUGGCUUCUCACGCCACGUGUCCGGUUUGUCGAGCAAACCUUACAGCCGAACACAAAGAACAGGCUAGAUCAUCAAACUCAAACAACGAGUUGAACAGUAACCAGAAUCAAAAUGAGAACCAGAACUCGAACUCGAACAUUUCAGUUUCUGAAAUUGUUAUUGAUGUGAACGACGGGCUAAGAAGAAGCAAUCAAAUGCAAUUAGGCGAAAUUGGUCGAAGAAACGACGUCGUGUCUCUGAGAUUUCCACGGUCUCACUCGACGGGACAUUCGCUUGUCCAAGCAGGAGUGAACGUUGAGAGAUACACAUUGAGAUUGCCUGACGAGAUUAGAAAGCAAAUAAUAAUAAGUAACGGUUUGGGAAGGGAAGGGAGCUCCGGAAAGGGAAGUUGUAGGAGUGGAGGAGAUGGAAGUAGUAGAGGAAAACGUUAUGCGGACCGCCUGGGUGGUUGGUCAGACCGGUGGAUAUUCUCGAGGUCUCCGCCGUUUGUUUCGAUGACGGGGUCUGUCAAUUAUCUGAAGUUUGAGAGAGAAGGGUCGUCCAACUCGACUGGUAAGAAUUUGUUACCACCGUUAAAUUGUUUGAACGUGAAGGUUGACCCAGGAGAAGAAUCAUCGUCUACUCCGUCUAAGCGUCGGGUUUAAACGAUAAUAACACUUGGAAAAUAAUGUACAUAUUAAUGAAUUAAAAGACAGGAUAAAUUUUCACGAU